AUGAAAGAAAUCAAUGAAUCUAUGUUCUUUACACUCGUAAAUCAGAAGUUUGAGAAGAUUAAGAACAAUCAGGAAACUAUCGUUAAGUCACAGAAGGAAUUGCAAGCUGAAAAUGUAAAGCUAAAAGAAACGAUUGGAAAUUUAAAUGCACGUAUUGAUUAUCUAGAACAGCAGGCACGAUCAUCUAAUCUGGAGAUUCAAUGCGUACCUGAAAGGAAAAUAGAAGAUUUGAGUAAUAUUAUCACGCAACUAGGAAAAACAGUAAUUGAAGAGUACCGAUAUCCUUCAUUUCACGCGCGCAGCUAA